GAUUAGUUGAUGUAAUUACAUUUGCAUGUUCCAAAUCAGUUGACACCAUACGAAAUUUAUGAGCUGGAGACAAAAUAAUAGUGUGAAGUGUGAACUGUUCACUAAGCUUCAGAAAACAAUGGAAGUGAAGAACAACAUCAAUUCUGAGAUACCAACACAAACAAGUUUGGUUUUUGCUAUUAAUGGUGAGAGGUUUGAGCUCUCCAAAGUUGACCCAUCAACCACUUUGCUUGAAUUCUUGCGUUCCCAGACAACCUUCAAGAGUGUCAAGCUCGGUUGUGGUGAAGGUGGUUGUGGAGCUUGUGUGGUUUUGAUCUCCAAGUAUGAUCCUAUACUUGAUAGAAUUGAAGACUUUACGGCGAGUUCUUGCCUUACACUACUUUGCAGCAUACAUGGCUGUUCAAUUACAACAAGUGAAGGCAUUGGAAACAGUAAAGAUGGACUCCACCCAAUUCACAAAAGAGUUGCAGGGUUCCAUGCUUCACAAUGUGGCUUUUGCACUCCUGGAAUGUGUGUUUCGCUCUUCGGUACUCUUGUCAAUGCUGAAAAGACCAAUCGCUUGGACACGCCUCCAGGGUUCUCAAAAGUGACUGUUACUGAGGCUGAAAAGGCUAUUGCAGGUAACCUCUGUCGCUGUACCGGUUAUCGGCCCAUUGCCGAUGCCUGCAAAAGCUUUGCAGGUGAUGUUGAUAUGGAGGAUUUAGGAUUCAACAGUUUUUGGAGGAAGGGAGAGAACAAGGACUUAAAGCUUAGUAGGUUGCCUCAAUAUGAACAAAAUCAUAAAAAUGUUAUAUUUCCAAUGUUUUUGAAGGAAAUCAAACCUGAUGUGUUGUUCUUGGCUUCGGAUAAGAGGAGUUGGCAUAGUCCUAGUAGUAUAAUGGAGCUACAGCGCUUAUUCGAAUCGAACCAAGUCAGUGGAAACCGGAUAAAACUUAUUGUUAGUAAUACUGCUAUGGGAUAUUACAAAGAUAACUAUGACUAUGACAGGUAUAUUGCUCUAAGGGGUGUUCCAGAGCUCUCAAAGAUCACGAAGGACCAAACUGGAAUCGAAAUUGGAGCGGCAGUGACUAUAUCUAAAGCUAUUGAAGUACUAAAGGAAGAAAGCAGUGGUGAGUUUCUCUCAGAUUUUGUUAUGAUACUUGUAAAGAUUGCAGACCAUAUGGAAAAAGUUGCCUCAAGUUUUAUUCGGAACACAGCUAGCAUAGGUGGCAAUUUAGUAAUAGCGCAAAAGAACAAUUUCCCUUCGGACAUUGCCACAAUACUUCUUGCUGUAGAUUCAAUGGUUCAGAUAAUGAGUGGUACAAAACUCGAGUGGAUUGCGCUGGAGGAAUUUCUAGAAAGACCACCACUGAGUUUGGAGAGUGUACUUUUGAGCAUUAAAAUUCCAAGUUUGGGACUUAAUAAAAACAAAUCUUCGGAUCAGAAAAGUGAAUUCCUGUUUGAAACCUAUCGAGCUUCUCCUCGGCCACUCGGAAAUGCCCUUCCUUAUCUGAAUGCUGCAUUCCUAGUCAAGGUUUCACAAUGCAAAGAUUCAGGGGGAACCAUGAUUGAUUCUUGUAGGCUGUCUUUUGGUGCUUAUGGAACUAAACAUGCAAUCAGAGCAAAAAAUGUUGAGCAACUUUUAGAUGGAAAACUGUUAAGUUUUAGUAUUUUGCAUGAUGCUGUCAAUUUGCUUAUAGCUACUAUUGUACCCGAAAGUGGUACCACAAAAGCUGGCUACCGUUCAAGCUUGGCAGCCGGUUUUCUUUUUAAGUUCUUUAACCCCAUGAUUGACAGUCCUGCUAAAAUAACCAAUGGUUACGGUUAUACGAAUCCUAACCAGGCUCACCAUGAUGAAAUUCCAACUUUGCUGUCUUCUGGAAACCAAGUACUUGAAGCAGGAAAUGAAUAUCACCCUGUUGGCGAGCCAAUCAUGAAAUCUGGAGCUACACUGCAAGCUUCAGGUGAGGCUGUGUUUACUGAUGAUAUUCCAUCACCAAACAAUUGCUUAUAUGGAGCAUAUAUCUAUAGCGCGAAGCCUUUAGCAAGGGUAAGGAGUAUAAAGCUGAGGCCGGAUUUACUACUGGAUGGAGUGAGGGGAGUAAUUUCAAGUAAAGACAUUCCCAUUGGUGGAGAGAACAUUGGAUCAAAGACUAUAUUUGGCAUUGAACCUUUGUUUGCUGAAGAGAUUGCUAGAUGUGUUGGAGAUCGUCUCGCCUUUGUGGUUGCAGAUACUCAGAAACUUGCAGAUGUGGCUGCAAACUCUGCAGUUGUUGAUUAUGAUACUGAAGAUCUUGAUCGGCCUAUUCUGUCAGUGGAAGAUGCUGUCGAAAAAUCUAGCUUUUUCGAAGUUCCUCCAUUUCUCUAUCCAAAACAUGUUGGUGAUUUAUCAAAAGGAAUGGCUGAAGCAGAUCACAAGAUUAUUUCUAAAGAGAUGAAGCUUGGAUCUCAAUAUUAUUUCUAUAUGGAGACACAAACUGCACUUGCUGUACCAGAUGAAGAUAAUUGCAUUAUAAUUUACUCUUCAAGCCAAUGCCCUGAGUAUUCACAUGCAACUAUAGCAAGAUGCUUAGGUAUUCCCGAAAAUAAUAUUCGCAUGAUUACAAGAAGGGUUGGAGGAGGUUUUGGUGGCAAGGCCAUAAAAAGCAUACCUGUUGCAGCAUCAUGUGCACUCGCUGCGCACAAAUUACGCCGCCCUGUCAGAAUCUAUCUAAAUCGAAAGGCGGAUAUGAUAAUUGCUGGGGGAAGGCAUCCAAUGAAGAUAACUUACAGUGUUGGAUUUAGGAAUGAUGGGAAAAUUACUGCAUUAGAACUUCAGAUACUGGUCAAUGCAGGGAUAUAUGUGGAUAUAAGUGCAAUAAUGCCACAUAACAUAGUUGGUGCAAUUAAAAAGUAUGAUUGGGGUGCUUUAUCAUUUGAUAUAAAGGUAUGCAGAACAAAUCAUCCUAGUAGAUCUGCAAUGAGGGGCCCUGGGGAGGUGCAGGGAUCUUAUAUCGCCGAAGCUAUAAUAGAAAAUGUUGCAGCUAUGCUUUCACUGGAUGUAGAUUCUGUCAGAAGUAUUAAUCUUCAUACACAUGAGAGUCUUAAGUUGUUCCAUGAGCAUAGUUUCGGCGAACCUCAUGAGUAUACCUUGCCUUCAAUAUGGAGCAAGAUAGCUGCUUUGGCGAACUAUGAUCAAAGAACCAAAAUGGUGAAAGAGUUCAACAAGAUUAACACUUGGAGAAAAAGGGGAAUUUCCCGGAUACCGGUUGUGUUUCAACUGAGUCUAAGGCCAACCCCUGGUAAAGUAAGCAUUUUCUCGGACGGCUCUGUUGUAGCUGAAGUUGGAGGAAUAGAAAUAGGACAGGGUCUUUGGACAAAGGUGAAACAGAUGACUGCAUUUGCUCUCAGUGCAAUCCAAUGCGAUGGAACGGAAGGCCUCGUUUACAAGGUCCGAGUUGUACAAUCUGAUACUGUGAGCAUGGUUCAAGGGGGGUUCACUGCUGGCAGCACUACAUCGGAGUCGAGUUGUGAGGCAGUUAGACUUUGUUGCAAUAUCUUGGUUGAGAGGCUAAAGCCUCUAAAGGAAAGGCUGCAAAAGGAAAUGGGAUCUAUCAAAUGGGAGACACUUAUUCUUCAGGCUUACAUGCAAGCUGUGAAUUUAUCUGCAUCCACAUUAUAUGUGCCUGGUAUGGAUUCCAUGAUGUACCUUAAUUAUGGUGCUGCAGCAAGUGAGGUGGAGAUAGAUCUUCUGACUGGAGAAACCAGAUUUCUGCGAACGGAUAUUAUCUAUGAUUGCGGACAGAGUCUAAACCCUGCUGUUGAUUUAGGACAGAUUGAAGGAGCUUUUGUUCAAGGGUUGGGGUUCUUCAUGCUUGAGGAAUAUGAAACAAAUGCUGAUGGUUUGGUAUUAGCAGAUGGCACUUGGAACUACAAAAUCCCUACAAUUGACACCAUACCUAAACAAUUCAAUGUUCAGAUCCUCAACAGUGGUCAUCACCAGAAGAGGGUUCUCUCUUCAAAGGCUUCCGGCGAGCCACCUUUACUAUUGGCAGCUUCAGUUCACUGUGCCACAAGAGCAGCUAUUAAAGAAGCAAGGAAACAGGUUCUUUCAUGGAGCAAUUUUGUUGGACCAGAUUCAACAUUUGACUUGGAGGUCCCUGCAACCAUGCCUGUGGUUAAGGAACAUAUUGGACUUGACAUUGUACAAAGAUACUUGAAAUGGAAGGUGGGCAAUAAAUAAAUUCUACAACACUGAAUAGGUUGGUUAUAGGAAAGUGAUGUUUUGAUUUAAUAUACGUAAGUUUUGAUGUAUGUUUAAAAUAAGAAACACAAAAGUCAAUGCAGAUGAAUAGUUUUGGUAUCAAGAAUGAGUCAACUAAACUCUAGAAACUUGGCUUUAGAUUGGCAUAUCUUAGGCAUAAAAUGUUCUUAGUACAGGUUUUUUCCAUAUGCAAAAAUGAGUAGGUGAGAGGAAAACAUGAAAUGUAGUUGGUAGGAAGUUAUAUUAUUUAUUAGUAACAUUUAUUUUAGUAGUUUUUGUUAUUAAGCCAGAUA